AUCAGUGGACUUAACAUCAGUUUUGUUAGAUGAAAACCCCGAUUAUGGCUAGAAGAAGUCACUCACACCCUGUGCAGCCGCCGUGUGCUGCAGCUAGCUGUACUGCUGUCUCUCUGCAGGGACCCACGCAGGCUAAUUAGCUGAGCACAGACCUGACUCUGCUCGCCCUGCUCAGCUGGAGGACAACGGCUCCGAUUCUCUGCCCAGAAGCCUCGUGAAGUGUGUCCUCUCCUCUUGACAAAACCCCGAUGUCGUUCCCCUUUUUGUCAGCGGCAGCAGCAGCUCGUUUCGCCUGUGCUGUGUGUUGACGGGAAGUUGAGUGUCUGUGUGACAGUGUCAGCCCUCCUCUGUGGGCUGAGACGCUGACGACGCACAGCACUCACCGAUGGCCGAGGAGAGGAAGUUGCAUCGAAAACUGCUAAAGCUUCACGAACAUAAAAAGAACAUGAGGGGAUAAAUAAAUGUUGGAUUUAAACAUUGCCCUUUUUUUGUGUGUGUCCCCCGUGACGUGUAUGUGCGGCCCUUUCCUUUCCUGUACGUCCCCUUCCGUUUGUCCCCCACCCCCUUCACAACCCAAACUCCACGCCUUCCAUAUGCGUGUUCGCGAGCCAUGAAUGUAGCCGGGCGCGCGCCACAGUCAGUACAGCAUUCAUGAAACGUCGAGGAGAUGCUGAAUGCAGCCUUAAAUUCCCGCAGCGCUGGCCUCGGUCACCCUUGACAACAACUGACGCUUUACGUGUCUCACGAGAAGUAAGGAUCCAAUUACAUGUCCAAGUGUGCACGAGCUAAAAAGGAAAAAAAGCUAUCCCAGUCAGGGUGUGAUUGGCUGCUGAUAAAGUCAAUCAGCUAUCAAUCAAGCUGGACAGCUAGUACCAUGGCAACUCACUCAGCAACCACAGAACAGCAAGCAACAAAUGCUCAUCCCUGUAUGUUAGUGUGUCCAUUCAGUGAGCAAAGCUAUAGUGUGUGUGCAGGGAGCCUCCAAGCAAGAAAAAUGCCCCCAAAGAAAAAAACAAAAAAGACCACAAAGAAGAUUCCAGAAAAAUGUCAAAAUGACUUGGAAGCAAAGUAUAAGCGCAGCAUUCUGGAUGUAGCUGUCCUACAGGACCAUAUUGCAUUGCAGUGUGAGUCUGUAAAAAAGGUACAGUCUGAUAGAGUCGACCUGAGGAGACGCAUGAGAGACGUGGAGCAGAAGCUGCAGCACGAGAGACAAGACCACAGGGACGUCAACUCUGACCUCAGUCGACAGUACAAAACCAUGCAGACGGAGCUGAGCAGCAAGGUGAAGAGGCUGGAGAAGGAGGUCAGCCAACUGAAAGAGGAACUUGCCUUGUGUCAGGGUGAACAGAAGAAAGAGAAAAGAGAGCGGGAACAUGUUGAACAGCAGAAGGAUGCCAUUAUAUCUGACCUCAAACACAAGCUGGACAACAUGGAGACGGACUAUGAGAAGAUCCUGCAUGAGACUCUUGACAGCCUGACUUCCCAGCUGUCUGUGACUCGACAGGGAUGGAAGGGCGAGAGCACAGAGCUUCAUCAAAACCACAAGGACAUGCUCUUUGAAUUUGGCCUGAAUGCUGCAGACAUCUAAAAGAUGGACCCAGAAGAACGAAAGGCAGCCAUUCCUCUCAGGGAGACACAUCUGUGGUUAUUUUCUGUCAGGCUGUUAUAUGUGUAUUGUGUUAAACUAAAGUGAUGCCUGCAAUAUAUGCCACUUUCAGCUCAUGAUGUACUAUGCUGAACACAGAGUAUAAAAUAGGCUAAUAUAUCUGUGCAUGUAUUCAUAGUUUACCAUAUACUGUGUGUAAUGUUGAGUAAUGGCCACUAGGUGUAGCAAAUAACUUUAUGUUUUAGGAAGUGAUGGUCAGAAUAUAUUAGAUACUUACAGUGUGUUAUUAUUUUUGUUAUGAUUCUUAUAUUUGGUAACUCAUAUAAAACUCUUUUCUUCAGGAACAUGAUAUUUAUUAAGAAAAAUAAAAUUGUGUGAGGACCACUCUUACAAGAAAUUAAAUGCAUGAGUGCUGUACCAUACUGUACAGACUAUAACAGGUAGCUAUGUGACAACAAGGAUACACAUUUUGUCAGGUUGUGAUUUAUGCUAAGUAGGUGAACCAGAUGCCAAAUAUGGUAACAGGAAGUGUGAGGUGACCGGGCACCAUGAACCACAGAGAAGUUAGGACACUAAACUGUUAUGUUACUGCAUUGCAGUGAUUUCACUCAACCCUGAAAAGAAAAGAAUGAAAACGUAUAAAAAGUAAACCAAUAGAACUGUUGAUAUGGGAAGCAUAAGAGUUGACAAUAACAACACAAAAGCAUGAUAACAAUUAAUGGUGCAGGAAAAAUGAUUAAUCUACCCAGCAUCGAUAAAAGUCAACGUUCCCUGCAGGGAGCCAGAUAAACAGAUUUCCCUUUCAAGGCUGUCAUUCGUGCGACUUAUUCACAGCCCACUGCUAUUAUUUUAGCCUCUCAUCUAUGAGGUAAUGAAUCAUUUACUCUGGGAUUAAGAUAAUUCUCCGCUCUGACGACCAAUUAACACCGGAGCUCAAGAGGCCUUUGUCUGAAAACCAGUAUUUUCUCCCUAAACCACAAGGAGCUUUUGCCUUCAGAGCCAAUGUGUUUUUGUUUGUUCAGGGUUUAAUGGGGUUGACUGAUGGCCAAAUAGAGCUUUAAAUGACAUAAGCAUAAUGCAUCUGGGGAAACAUCCCAAAAAAUUACUCAUUAGCAGUGUGUUAAGUAGUAAUACUUCUCCUAAGAAAAUGUGCUUGUAAAAAUAUUCUGCAGUAUGAAUAGUAGUACUCAGUGGAGGCAGAAGCACUGAGGAAAUACUUAAGUAAAAAUAACAAUAGAGAAACAGCUGAAUAGAGGAUACUUAUUUUCAAGUGUAAGUCCUGUAUUCCAGUGUAUUUGAUCAAGAGUGUAAGAAUGAAAGCUUAAAGUAUUGUUAAUAUCAAAAGUAAGAUGACAUUAUCACAAACGCUCUGACUGAUGGACAUAGAAGCUAAGAUGGUCAAUGUUUCUUUGCUAACAACUCUUUAAUAAAAUGCUACAUGAGGUCAAACUAGACACUGUUUUUGUAAGGAGUGACAAACAAAAAUGAACUUCUUUUUAAAGCUUCAGCAAUGUCAUUUAGAAGCUACUAAACAUUAUUUAGUAAAAUAAUCGAUGUUUUCAUCUGUCACAUAAACAAAACGAACAGUAAGCUCAAGUUUUCCCUCUGAAAUUCAGUUGAGAAGAUGUGUCUUAGCACAAUAGAAUGAGAGUAAAUGACUCCAUGUCUUGUUAAAGUUUAUAUCUAAAAUUUUAACCUUGCACAACCAUGCCUCAGGUGUUUCGUCCAUAGUGAAUAUGAUUGAUGGACAGCAACUAAUUUUAGCUCUGCUAAUGUUUGUGUGCUGUCACUGAUGUGUUUUCUAGGAGAUAAAUGAUGCUCUGUAUAAAAGUGGAGUCAUUACAGAAAGUGACUGAUUGGCUCUUCCUCCUUAGAACUUAAAUUCAAGGUGAACACAGACUUUUUGAACCACUUUUAAAACACCCUCUGGUUUCUUUUGACUGCCUCACCCGUACAAUUCUUCUGGAGAGCUCCAAUGGCUUUGUUGGGCCGUACCCUGUUGAUCGAUUUCCACAAUAAAAGCUGUCUGCUUUCAUUUUU